CUCCCCUCGACAUCACUUCGAGCCUUGUCGCCGACCCUCCCCUUUCCUCCCCCUCCAUCCCUCGGUCUUCGACCUUCCGCCUCCGCAAUCUCGCCGCCGUCGUCAUUAUGGCAGGUCGAAUGGUGUUGUACAAGCUGGUGGUGUUGGGAGACGGUGGCGUGGGAAAGACGGCCCUCACCAUUCAACUGUGUUUGCAGCAUUUCGUCGAGACAUACGACCCGACGAUCGAAGAUUCAUACCGGAAGCAGGUCGUUAUCGACGGUCAACCUUGCAUGCUCGAGGUACUUGACACUGCUGGCCAAGAAGAGUACACUGCCCUACGAGAUCAAUGGAUUCGUGACGGCGAGGGAUUUGUCCUAGUCUACAGUAUUUCGUCGCGCUCGUCCUUCUCCCGCAUCAAGCGCUUCCACCACCAGAUCCAACGUGUCAAGGAGUCGUGUGCCUCAUCGCCGUCGUAUCCUGGCUCCCCCAUCUCCGCCGCUAGCUCACAGCUGCCCGUGCCCAUCAUGCUCGUCGGCAACAAGAGCGAUCGAGUCACCGAGCGAGAAGUCUCAACGCAAGAGGGCCACGCCCUCGCCCGCGAGCUGGGCUGCGAGUUUGUCGAGGCCUCAGCUAAGAAUUGCAUCAAUGUCGAAAAGGCAUUCUACGACGUGGUUAGAAUCCUACGUCGGCAACGACAACAGGCCUCCCGGCCCUCUGGUGGCUCUGGCGGUCGGCAACGAACGGGCAAUGGCGACGCACACCGAGACCGAGACCAUAACCGACACCGAAGGGGGAAGGAUGGCGACCGGAACAAGUCCAAGUGUGUGGUGUUAUGAGCAACCACGCACCAAUGAGAAGUCCAUUCGGAAUAUCGAGGAGAAAGAAAGAAGGAAAGAGAAGGACAAGAGAAGGACAAGAGAGAAACCGCUAACUGGAGGUUUGCCGGUGAUGAGAGCCGCGGAUGAGGGGUCGGGUUGUCGCAACCCCUCACCUACCAGAACAG